AAACAAACUUCAUGAAGUAGACAAAAUCCAACUAAACAAAAGCAAACUGAACUGAAAAACAAAAGCAAACUGAACAUGCUUCAUAGAAAACCGUCAAAUGCAUCUGACAAACCAAAGAAUAAGCCGAGGAGAUCAUCCAGCUUUGGUAAAUUUGACACGUUCAGACAUCAAGCUCGCCAAUCCAAACCUGAUGAGAAUACCGUUACUGUGUCCUCUGCAGAGCCAGCAGAGACCCUGAUGUUGACCAGGCGAGACAGGGGACCAUCGGGCAGAAGAUGAAGGCCAUCUCCAUGACGAUGCGCAAGCGCAUGGGCAGGAAGUACAUCAAAGCCCUGUCGGAGGAAGCGGGGGAGGACACUGAGGGAGACCAUCAGACCGAAGGGGACGCAGGCACCGGCACCGCGCUGGCCAAAGCCCACAGGACGUCCAGCAACUCCCUGGAGAGCCUCUACAGCCUCCACAGUGGACAGAGCUCUUCCAGCGGGAUCACCAGCGGCUCAGAGGGCUUAAGCAACAGGGGCAGUGUGCGGCUGGAGGAGGAGGUCCCCUACACGGGGCAGUUCUGCGGCCGAGCCCGUGUGCACACUGACUUCCUGCCCAGUCCCUACGACAACGAGUCCCUCAGACUCAAGGUGGGGGACGUGAUUGAGGUCAUCAGCAAGCCGGCCAUGGGCAUCUGGACGGGCCUGCUGAACGGCCGCGUGGGCAGCUUCAAGUUCAUCUACGUGGACGUGCUGGUGGAGACGGAGCCGGAGCCCCGCAGAAGAGCCACGUCCCAGGGCAGGAGGCGGCGGCCGCGACCCAACACCCUGUUGGAGCUCCUCGCCUGCCUCAACCUGGAGGAACACGCCUCAUCUCUGAUGCUGAACGGAUACCAGACUGUGGACGACCUGAAGGAGCUGAAGGAGCAGCACCUGAUCGAGCUGAACAUGACCGAUCCAGAGCACCGCCACCGACUGCUGGCCGCCACAGAGUGUCUGCACGAGCCAGAGCCCAAUGCCCUGAAAGAUGGCGAGGCUAGCGAGGAGCCCACGUCUCCAUCUGAGGCCCAGGAGGCGGAGUUGGAGAAGGCGGAGUCUAAGGAGGCAGAGUCUAAGGACUGUCCGCGCGACUCGGGGUGCUACAUCCCCUCCGACGUCUCAGACAGCACCAGCAGCAGCAGCAGGGACGACUCGGUCAACCUUGUAGCGCUCAACACCUCACCAGCAGAGGCCUGACACCUCAACAUGCCCACACACACGCACACACACACACACACCCAUAACAUGCACACAUACAAACACAUAGACACACACUCACCACACCCAUAAGAUGCAGACGAGACUCUCAAGCGCGCUGGCCUGUUCUCUCCAUCCGCUGCGGUCUCCUCGGCUGGACCCGCUGCAGCUCCAACACCACAUGGCUGGACUGUCCUUCUGUUGUAGGUCCCCAAACACACACACACACGUCGACCCCCAAACACUCACACACCUCCACACACACACCUCGGCUCCUCGGCUGGACCCGCUGCAGCUCCAACACCACAUAGCUGAACUGAACACCACAUGGCUGAACUGAACACCACAUGGCUGGACUGAACACCGCAUGGCUGGACUGAACAUCACAUGGCUGGACUGUCCCUCUGUUGUAGCAUCACAUGGCUGGACUGUCCUUCUGUUGUAGCAUCACAUGGCUGGACUGUCCUUCUGUUGUAGCAUCACGUGGCUGGACUGUCCUGCUGUAGCAUCACAUGUCUGGACUGUCCUGCUGUAGCAUCACAUGGCUGGACUGUCCUGUUGUAGCAUUUGAUUGUUGUACUGUGCGGUUGCUUUUUCUAUGUUACUUGUGCACCGUCUAUUAGCAUGUGGCUCUGCACCCCAUAAUAACCCUAACUCUGCACCCCAUGCCGUGUAAGAUUUAGAAGCAUUUCAGUUAAAGAGUUAUUUGUUUUGGUGGACAUGUCUAUAGGCAGGAAAUGUUCAGUUAUUGGUUAUUUCUUCUUUAGAGACUUCAGUGUGGUGUUCAUUGCAAUAGGAAACACACACACACUCAGUUCAGAGGUCAUCAGUUCAGAGGCCACCUGAUUGACUGUCACCUGGAGGACUGAAUCACCCUGAACCCAAAGCAGCUCUGUGCAAAUUAGGGUGCAUAUCAGGGUUCAUAUCAGGGUCCUUAUCUGGGUGCAUAUCAGGGUCCAUAUCAGGGUCCUUAUCUGGGUGCAUAUCAGGGUCCUUAUCUGAGUGCAUAUCAGGGUGCAUAUCAGGGUCCUUAUCUGGGUCCAAAGCAGCUCUGUGCAAAUAUCUGUCUUUGUAGUCUUGGCCAAAUGCAUGACUGAGACCAACCUGUUAUAUUUUAUGUAUCAAAUAAAUAUUAUGAAUGGUCAUAACAUACUACAGUUCAUGGGCGGGUGAAAAGUUUGCUUGUCACUGUGUGGUGGAUGUUCUUCAUGUUGUGCAGGCAGACACGGAAUAUGAUAGAUAGAUAGAAAGAUACUUUAUACGGAAUAAAGCCUCAUUCAUCAGUUAAGACGCAAUCAGAGCUCAACGCUACGUGUUUUUAUUCAAUAAGAUGCUCAAAAGAAUCCAGGGGCUUUUUUAUCAUCAGAGAAUGUUUAUCAUCUUUAGCAUGAUCUACCUAUCUAAGCAAGAAAUAGACAUUGUUGGCAUGAUCUACUUCUCUAAGCAAGACAUGGACAUUAUUAGCAGGAUCUACUUCUCUAAGCAAGACAUGGACAUUAUUAGCAGGAUCUACCUGCUGUAU